AUAGAAUAUAGAUGCGGAAUCAUUAAUCAAAUUUAUCUUUAUUCCUCAAGUAAAAAUACCACAUCUUUUAUGACUCAGGACAGUUUUGAAUCAAUUUGCCAAUUACCUUUUGGAAUAAGUACCUUUACUACCUAUAAUCGUUUAUUAUUCUUUUUGUUAUCUAGUCGCGUUGUUAUCUGGUAAUGGUAACUGAAAUUUACCGAUGUGGUUCAAUAUACUAAAAUUAUGCAUUUAGCGGUCUAGGAAAUUUUAACCAUUAUAUUCACACCAUGAAGAUUUUCAUUUUGUUCUUAAUGGUGGUAGUAUAUGCUAUCCAAACUAGUGAACAAGCAAAUAUUACUGUAGAAAAUGGGAAAUCUAAAUCUGUUAAGGAAGACAAAAAGAUAAAAUCCAAAGAAAAUCCAAUUGAUACCUUGCUUUACUUGGCCAAUUCUCUUUUAAGAGGGGAUUUCAUUGCUACUUUGACUAAGAUAGUGGAAAUGGUGCAAAGACAAGAUACUGGACUAAUAAUGAAGGUGUUAUUAAUUCUCAUUCACCGCACAUUGAUUUUCUUACAACCUAUUUUUUAUUUAAUUUUUCCAUCCACCAAAGAUGAAGGAAAUACAGCGCAAAGUUUUAGAUCUAGAGUUGAAACAAUGUCUCGCCUGAUGAAUGUUCUUAUGAACUGAGGUAUUUACAAUAUACUUGUAGUGAAAAUAUGCAAA